AUGCACAGUCUAGCAGUCUGGCUUUGCAAUUUGGUGCCCUGUCGCGCGAUGUCGGGCGAUGUUGUGAAUAGAGGGAGAGAAGGCUUGUCCAAUGUUCUACGAUCUUUCUUGACUGGUGACUACCUAUGAUCUCCUUUUGAGUUUCAUUGGCAAAAUAGACAUGGCUAAUGAGGGACGAGAUACUAUUCAGUCACCAUUAUUGGUAGACCACGAGCAAAAGAGGGGCACCACCGCAGCUUGGUUAUCCAGUGAGAAUAAGCCGUCCUAUCUGGUAACGCUGCUCGUCAGUAUUGGCUCGGUUUGUGUUGGGUAUUCGCUGGGCUUUACCAGUCCUGCUAGCGAACAGCUUCUGGUGAAGAAUGGCAGUGAAGCAAUCACUCAUGGUUAUAAGAUGUCCUUGGAUCAGUCGCACAUCAGCUGGUUUGGAUCAGCAGUGUUUCUGGGAGCGUUCUCUGGUGGACUUAUCGGUGGGCCUAUGGCUGGCUACGCUGGUCGGAAACCAUCACUAAUGAUUGGAAAUUUACUCUUUAUCAUCGGAUGGAUCUUGAUUGCUUGUGCACGCAGUCUGGCCUCCUUGAUUGCAGGCCGUGUUGUGAUUGGGCUGGCCGUGGGCAUAUCUGUACUGGUUAACCCGAUCUAUCUUGCCGAGGUUGUUGUGCCACGUCUGCGCGGAGCACUGACAACCACACUGCAGCUUACCAUGUCUAUUGGGAUAGUUGUGAGCUUUGCCAUCGGCAUUGACGUGUCCUAUCGACACAUGGCAGUUGUUGGUGCCUGUAUCAGUGGGUUACUUGCCGCCCUGUUAUUUUUCUUACCAGAAACACCACGGUGGUACAUCAGGAAUGGACAAAAGGAAAAGGGUGUCAAGGUAUUGCAGUGGUUACGAGGAACUGCUCACUCACCAAUUCACACUGAAAUAAGUGAGAUUGAAUUAAAACUAGAGGAGGAUGCUAAAGCGCCAACGUUCUCAGUGCUUGAUUUCCGUCUGCGGCGUAUUUUUCAGCCCCUGGCAAUUUCCAUUGCGCUAAUGUUGUUUCAAGUGUGGUCGGGCUCCUUUGCUGUAACUGCUUACACUGCAAUCAUAUUCAACAAUGCUGGACUAAGCAACAAGGCUACAGUGGUCAGCAUUGGCGUGGCUCUUGUUCAGUCUGUUGUGACGGCAAUAAGCUUGUUCAUCAUUGACCGCAGUGGACGCCGUCCUUUGCUCAUGGCAGCUGGUGCUGGAAUGUCGCUGGCAUGUGUAGUCAUGAGCUUGUUCUUCUUCUUCAGUGACCGUAUCCACGGUGAUGCAGCCAUUGCCAUGCCGAUUUUCUCAAUAUAUUUCUACACAGCGGCAUUCUCCCUGGGUCUUGGCAUCAUCCCCUGGUUGUUCAUGGCUGAAGUGUUCCCCGCUCGAGCUAAGUCACUGUUGUCGUCCAUUUCAGCGGGUACCAACUGGCUCAAUGCCUUCCUCAACACUCGCUACUUUGCACAGCUGACGGAGUUGAUGAGCAAUGGCGGCAUGUUUCUCUUUCUGGCUGCUGUUUGCCUAGCCCUGGUCGUCUUCACUUAUUUUGCAGUGCCGGAGACGAAAGGCAAGACAUUGGAGCAGAUUGAGGACUUAUUCAGUAGCCACUCCCAGCAGAUACAUGAGCAUGUACUGAGCUCUGACAGUGGCUGCACUGGUGAUCUUGAUGAGGAAAGUUGAGAACAGGGAGUAGUACUACCUGAGAGACACUUUUGCUGAUCAUAUACAUUGCUUACAAACAUAAUAGGAACUGGAAAUUACGCAACACUACACUUUAAUAUAUUGUAGUAUAUUUUAGAAAUGAAUGUACAUGCAGGCCAUGUACAAUGGAAAGGAUAACAAUUAUUAUGCACUUUUGAUACCCUUCUGAAAAGCAUUAUCUUGAGACAGCGUGGCGUCAAAUUCAUGAAGAUCUGCGGAUUAUUGUUGUAUCUAUUUUCUAAAACUGCUACAAGCAGGUUCAACACCAGAUUACUGACCCUGUAA